CAACCUACAUGCCUCAAUAGCAUAGAACUAUUUGAGUCAUGUAUUUGACUCGUUCAUUAUGUCGAAUGCUAGGAUCAGAUGGCUAGGCCGCAAUUGGAGGGAACAACAUACAAGCAGCAUCGCAACAGCCAACUAACAUAACUAGAGGGCUGUGCCAGUUACGGACAUUGGGGCCUGCUAAUUAGGGCUUCAACCGCAUCACCGAGUCAUUCGCAGCGUCUUCACGGAGCCUCGUUCGGCUGUUUCCAACUCCAAAAGGCAGAAUCCUGCAGCAGAUACGAAGUGCGAACGAUUCCUCGGACUCUUGGGAAUGAUCAUAUAAAGCCAUCUGCUUUCAUCAUGGUUGACCAUACGUUCAACGAUUGCCCUCUUGGGUCAUCGUUGUUGUUUUCUCUCGAUUUCUCUUCUCUUCCAAUGCCAUGCGAGCCUGUCUUGCCCGCUCUUUGCUGUCAAGCUGAUAGAAAUACACAAAAAUUCAAAUCGUUAUUGAAGUCGAGUCAGUAUGAAGUGGCUAGAAUAUGAUGGUGCCUUUGUCUUUGGCAGUGGUAUCCCCUCUGGCGUCCUUCGAUUUGUUGGACAUACAGUAUUGGGCAUCUACAUGUCUCUGGCAUCUGGUACUUAUAAAUAUGUCAAGGCGCACGCUGCCGUCGUUCAACAGCCGCCCUUCAACCCUGAUACACUGUACCUGAGUUAUCUUGCUUCGAAAUGGAGCAAAAUUGGAUUCUGGUGGAACUUUGCCAUUUGGUUACCGACCAUUGCCGCGCCGAGCCUUUGUGUCACGAUUAUCGGGAUGUUUGAUACCACUAUCACGGUCUAUUUUGCUCUCGCCACGGUGCGUCAGGGGACGUAUAUUCCCCAUUCUGCUGGGCCAUGCAAAAACGCAGAUACCUGGCAAGUUCCCACUGCGAACGGCAAUGGAAGCUACUUCCAUAUUCUUGAAACUCUUAAUACCUAUCCUGAUAAGCCUGAAAUGCACGUUCCAUCUGACAAGAUCUGUAAAGAUUUUGUAUCUCAAUGGAGGUUUGGGAUUGGAUCUCUUUUCAUUCUUUAA